AUGAAGUUGGUGGCUACUGAGGAAAGAAAAUGUAGGCAGUUCAAAAAGGGGUUGCAUGACACCGUGAAGAGGUUGGUAGUGGCCCAACGCAAAGGGCGGUUCGCCGAUGUUAUUGAAUGUGCAAGGAGCAUCGAGAUACCGAAUGAGACACCCAAAAAUCCUAAGGUUUGGGAACCGGGGCAACCGGGAGUUUCUAAUAAACCUCCGAUCGUAUGUCAUGAGUGUGGUCAAGCGGGGCAUAUUCGUGCUCAGUGUCCGCUGCUUUUGGGGACAUGUUUCACUUGUGGGAAGGCUGGUCAUUUUGGAUGGAAUUGUCCAUGUGGGGAUGGGGCACAUAGCGAGUCUGGUUCAGUGCAGCAGCUGAGGGAUGGUCAGAGUUCUAGUUAG